CUUCUCUGUUAACUUCAACAGAGCUUGAGACAAUGGCUGACAAGGUUGACAUGCUCGGAGGAUGGACUGAGACAAAAGCCACUGAUGAAAUUCAGAAGAUUUCUAAUCAGGUGAAAGAUCAAGUGGAAAGAUUUACAGGCAAGAACUAUCGGGAAUUCGAAGCAGUUGAAUACAGGAGUCAGCUUGUGGCUGGACUAAACUUCCUCAUCAAGGUUCAUGUUGGAGCAGAGGACUACAUUCAUCUGAGGGUCUUUCAAGCACUUCCAUGUAACGGAGGGGAGGUUGUGCUGCGCGGUGUGGAGCAGAACAGAACCAAAAAAGACCCUCUCGUACCUUUUAUCAACUGA